AGACUUCGUCUUUUUGCCUCCUUUUCUUCAAAGGCAGACCCAUCUUAAUCCAUUCCUUUUUGCUAAAAGCUUCCUCAAUCGUGAUUUUCACCCUUUCUCUCAUACCCUCCAUUCGGGCGAAUGCCCCUUUUCACGCACUAUCCUCGAACGUUGGUGACUAAGUUGCCAAUUUUCCCUUUGGAGGAUCUCCUCUGGUCCCAAGGAGUCGGAGAAGCUCUCCCUGGCCGAUCAUUGGGUCCUCUAUGUCUACCAUGUACGUGCCAUCGUGCAAAGGCCGCGACAUCGGACCUGCGCACCAGCGAUUUCGAUAUCGCGGGUUCGCAUGGGGGCUCGCCUGUCUUACGAUGCAGAGUGGGUGACAGAGCUGAGUAUAGGACGGAUGUCAGGGAGAGGGAGGAGACAGUUGAGGAGAGGUACGCUCGCCUGGAUCGCGAGAAGGAGACACGGUUACAGUCCAUGCCUCGAUGGGCUGGCAGAGAGGCGUACGAGGCCGAGCAGCGGAGGCAGAGGGAGUUAGAGACGAUAGGAGCGGGUUCACCAUCGAGCGUCGGACCAUUGCCGACUUCAGACACGAUGCAGGCCCCCUCCCAUGCUGGGAGAGUUGGUGCUGACACAUGCGGAUUGGACGCUGGCGACGGGGGGCUGGCAGAUGUGCGAUACGAGGGUGGUGACGUUGGGGGUCUUGAGACAGUCGGGGCAGACUCACGAGCUGAGAGCUCUGACGAUGGCGAGGAGUGUGAGGCCGCAGAGGCUAUCGUACACGGCGUUGUAGUUGGCAUAUGCGCGGCUGGCACAGAUGGCGGGAUUCAUGGAGGGGAGGAGGAGAUGGGGGACGAGGGCAGUGUGCCUUUGGAUGAUGACGCAACACAGAUUGAGGAGGAGGGAGCAACGGUCCACGCAGGCCGCAAUGCCCCAUCGGUGCGAGAUGGCGAGACUGGAGGGCAUGUUGAGGAGGAUAGAGCGGCCGUCGACAUGUCCCUCGCGAUUAUUGUUAGGCCCCCGUUGGUGCGAGAUGUCGAGACAGGAGGGCAUGUUCACUCGGGCCGCCCGGUCUCUUUCUCUGCAGGUGGGUACUCCGGGGAGAUGCCUCGGUGGGAUGGCGGGGAACCAGGGGAGUGCACACCGACCCCUUUACGUCCGGAGCAGCUGGAGAGGUUGGGGACGGAGGACCCUUUUCCAUUCACAAGUGGACAGUCAUCGCCUCCCGCGUGGGCACCAGUGACCCCUAGGCGAGUGACGGACAGUUUGAGGAGGGACUAUGAUAGAGGACAGGGGUUGUUCGCACGAGGACCAUCGGGGGAGGGAGGGCCUGCAGCGGGUGCGAAUGAGGCUGGACGACCGAGUGUCCACACAGCAGGACGUAUACUCGGAUUGGAUAGAGUUGGGACGAGGCGGACCGAGAGGAUGGUGCAGCAUUCGACCCGAUCAGCCAUGGAAGAUAGACGGCAGGGAGUGUCGUACACAUCGGGCGAGGAUGACUUGCAUAUGCCACAGGGGUCGAGACAUCAUGGCUCGAGCAUUGAUCUUGACUUGCAGAUUGCUGCUGAGGAGCAGUGGUUGGCGGAGCUGAUUCGAGAGCGUGAGAGGAGGUCGGAGACGGAGGCACAAGCCGAGGAGGCGGACACGGAGACUGAGCCCAUCGAGACAGCUGCGUGCAGAGAGAGGCAUCGGAGAGCAGCGGUCUGGACCCGAGACAGCGAGCACAACGCCGUGAGCGAAGACGUGGAGUUGCUCAUCAUUCAAGCUUGGAGGACGGAGGUAGAAGGAGAUCUGUUGGGAUUUGUCUUAGGAUCGGUGGAGGCGGGACAUCGGCAGCCGAUCGUAGGAGAGCUUCAGAUCCUUAUGGCGCAGCUGCUGGACGAUCUAUCGAUCGACAUCAUCUCGCACUGCGACGAGAGUCUAGCGCCGCAUAUUCUUUCACUCAGUUUGACGCCGUACCUACAGUGGUCGGCGUGCUUGGAGGGCAAUUGGGACAACCGUACUUACCCGUCGCACGGUAAUUCCCUGAACCCCGCGGAGAUAAUCGAUAUUCUCUUUUUUGAUCGGGGCGAGCCGACGUCGAAAAACGAAGAGGAAGAAGAUGAGGAGGAGGAGGACGAAUCAGAAGAUACCCUCGAGGAGGACGAAUAUUAUAGCGAGUAUAGUGAGAACGAGUCGGGGGCGAUAAGUGAAGAAGAAGAAGAAGAAGAAGCGGAGGGAGCAAGUGAGGGGGAAGAGGCGGGACAGGCGGAGACGCAGAGGGAAGACUCUGUGGAAGCGGAGCGGUAGAGGGCAGAGAUAGCGGAGGGAAAGCGGCCAUUGGAGCAGUCGGUGGGAACUGAUCUGCCAAUUCUGAACGACCCGACUCGAGAUCCG